ACUCCGACUAAUGUUGUGUUUCGGGGGCCGGAACUUCUGGGCCAGUAAUCGGGGGAAUUGGUUCGAGAGGUUCCUUGGCGUGAUGUCCGAGCUCGGUGCUCGGUGUGGGUAUAAUGUGACAUUGACUUCAAAGUCAAGGUCACAUGAGCCGAGGCAUGUGCUUGGGUGUCUAGUGCUUGCACUCUGGCAGCUGAGUUUCUGCGCAGUUUUAUCGGUGUUUCAUGCAUGUUUGAUGAAUUUCGGCACAGAUCGACAUCUUUGGGAAGCAUUGGUCUUUCCACACACAAUUUAGAUAUGGCAAAUAAAUAGUCCCUGAGCUGGGGCCACGUCCGGUGUUGUCAGGCGAUUGUGGCCAUUCGCAGAAAAUAUUGUCGAACGUUUGGAGCCAUCCAGGCCCAAAGCACCAAAGCAGAUCCUCUUGGAUCUGUUCGGUGGCAUUUUCUCCAUUUUUCAGAGCCCUCGGUUAUGCCGAAAAGUAUAGGAAUUGCCGAGUGGGAGCAUGCUUUAUGCUGAUUAUGACAUUAGCUUUUGAACUUGGGCCAUACGAUAUGCUCCAUACUUUUCUGAACAAGGGAAGUGGGUGGUCUUAUCAGUGGCAACUCUGCGACCAAAGUCUGCACCCUGUUCAAAGUCAAAACCAGCUUUGCGCCAGAGUCUUCUGCUGUAGACAGCUAGACUGCGAUUCCAACUCUAUCUCCUUCGAGAUUUCUGCUGAGAAACGAGCGAUUGAAGCACUGUUUCAAGGAGCAAAUGGCCAUUCCCUUCAACCUCAUGUCGAUCAGGUGCUGAGUCCAAAAUGUGAAGGAUUUCUCCGAAAAUCCGUGAUCACAAAUUUCUUCUCGAUCAACAUAUGCAGGGGAACAUUUGGCAGCAACUGAAGUUGGCCCUACUUAGAAGUCUCGAUGAAUUUGACAUACUAGGCGUUGUGAUGUUCUUGAGUAUCGAACAGUUCAAAAGCAGAUCAGUCUCGAAAGAUGGAGCAGCCUCUCAGAAAUUGGGCCGGCAACUAUCAGUUCAGCUCUCUUCGGAUACAUCGACCUACGAGCGUGGAGGAAGUGCAGGACUUGGUUUUGAGCUGCAAGAAGCUGAGGGUUUUGGGAGCAGGCCACUCGUUCAAUGGAAUCGCGGACACCGAUGGAGACUUGGUGUCCCUAGAGCGGAUGAACCGUGUGCUCAUGAUAGAUGAAACACGGUCCACUGUCACUUUUGAAGCCGGACUCAAGUACGGCGAUCUAUGCCAACAGAUACACAGCAAAGGUUAUGCUCUGCAUAACCUGGCUUCGCUGCCGCACACCACCAUAGCUGGGGCUGUGGCAACAGCAACGCACGGCUCUGGCGAUAAGAACGGGAACCUUGCCACUGCGGUGUCAGGGCUGGAGAUUGUCAACGGAUUAGGCCAAGUGGUGACACUCAGUAAGGAAACAGAUGGGAUUGAAUUUGAAGGUGCAGUGGUGGCAUUAGGUGGCCUUGGGGUGGUGACGAAGCUCACCCUGAGUUUGAUUCCUGCAUUUGAGGUGCGGCAAUUGGUGUAUCAAGGGCUGAGCUUGUCGGAGGUCGAGGAAAACUUCGAUCGUAUUUUCUCUGGUGCCUACAGCGUUAGUCUGUUCACUCAAUGGAAAUCUUCCACCAUUGAUCAAAUGUGGCUGAAGCAGAAGCUUGAGAAAGGAAGUGACUGGGCUCCCGUGGAGCCUGCGCUUUUUGGUGCUACUCUCGCUAAAGAGGACCUUCAUCCCAUCAUUGAUCUCUCGCCCAUACACUGCACAAAACAAAUGGGAGUUCCGGGACCCUGGUAUGAAAGAUUGCCUCACUUCCGAAUGAACUUCACCCCCAGCAGCGGUGAAGAACUUCAGGCAGAGUAUUUGAUUCCCCGUCAAAAUGCUAUUGCAGCUCUGAAAAUUCUUGACAGUUUGAAAGAGCUCAUUACACCUGUUGUCCAGAUAUGUGAAUUGCGUACCAUUGCCGGCGACGUAUUAUGGAUGAGUCCAUUCUUCAGGCAACCCUGCUUGGCUAUACAUUUUACUCUGAUUAAAGACUGGCAGGCAGUUAGCAAAGUUCUUCCCAUCCUUGAUGAAGAUCUGAAACCAUUGCAACCUCGUCCACACUGGGGAAAGCUUUUUACUUUGUCCCAGGAUAGAGUUAAAUCCUGCUACUGCAAGCUGCCAGACUUCAGGCAAUUGAUGAAAUCAUUUGAUCCUGAUGGCAAGUUCUGCAACAACUUUCUGCAAACUUACAUCAAUGACGAUCCAACUUCAAAGGUCUGAAAUUGUGGGACGAGCCCUUGCUCCUAUCCUGAUAACGAGACAUUCCCGGAACAUCGAGAAGGGCAGGAACAUGGUGGAGCAGACCGCUAACUCUACCAUCAGGUUCUGAAGAAUGAUUGCUUCUUUACAACUGUGAAUGUGUAAAGAGAUCCCUUGUAAUUAUAAAAUGUAUUGUUAUCGAUUUCAGAUAUUUUC